AUCCUUCCAGGGUUUGCUUACGUUUCUUCCCCAGUGGGCAUGGUUGUUGUUUAGUUUUUAAUUUAAUUAACUUGUUAGGUUGAGCUGGCAAUUUAUUAACUAAUCAUGUUUAAAAAGAAAAACUCAUACGAUUCGGUUUUCUCGGAUAGAAGUCAAUAGUAUAUAGUAUAAAAAAAAUAAUGCGACUUGAUGAAUAUUAUUAUGCUGACUGCCAAAAAGAUUAAUUAUAGUAUGGGUGCUGUAAUUUUUAUUUUUUUGGUUACAGAAGUGGUUGUUGUAUCAUUUCUCUUUAAUUUUCCUUUGUAUGCUGUGUAUAUAAAUAUCGAUGAGCUUUGUACGAUGAUGUUAUGUGCAAGUUUUCCUGGAGUAAAGUAGACCCUGACCUGUGGCUUGCUCCUUUUGUACGUAGUAAUAAUCUGAACCAUCGUAACCUAACUGUUGAAUUAAGGGGACAAAAUUACUUCCUCAAUUACCACCUAGUUGUUGUUUUUCCUGUGUUCCAGGCCCAGUACGAUGGCAGCUGUUGGAAGUGGAAUAGUUCUUGAACCAUUGACAAAAGGCAACUACGACAACUGGAGCAGGCUUGUUGAAAACUACCUAAGGGGGCAAGUUCUCUGGGACGUCGUUGACCCGGAUUUAUAUGAGAUUUGGAGGAUGAAGAAUGCGAAGGUUUUACAUAUCAUUCAGCUAGCAUGCGGAUCAGAGGCUCUUACUCAUAUUAGAAAAGGCUAUACGGCCAAAGACGCCUGGAACGAGUUACACGCCAUAUACCACACACGGUUAAAAACGGACCUACCUAUUGAGCAAGGUCCUGCGGAGAACGAUGUUUUCCCUCAAAAUGAACAGUUGCACCAGUAUGUUCUUAACGGUGAUUGGGAACAUGCAAAAUCAUUCAUCGAUAGUGACCCCGAAGCUAUAUUUACCACAUCCUGUUCGGGUAGGACAAUUCUUCACUUUGCAGUAAUUGCGGGGCAUGAAAAAAUUGUGGAUGAAUUGGUAAACAUAGGGAAAGACAGACUGCUAAAUAUUCAAGACAAAAAUGGUUACACAGCUCUUGCAUUUGCUGCUGAGCUAACGGGAAACACCAAUAUGGCCAAGUGUAUUCUGAGCGGAGGGAAAGGCCAACAGCUGCUAACUAGGAAGAUCAAAUAAUCAGAAAAUUGAUAAGUUUCUCACAUUUUAUCUUUUCUUAUGAUUAUUUUAAUUUUUCUUUUCUUAUUUAUGGCUGAUUACUGUUGAUAUGAAUAAUCAUCUCUUUGAUCAAUUUAAAUCGCAUUAUAUAUAUAUAUAUAUAUAUAUAUAUAUAUUAAUAGAAAAACCAGAGAAAGAGAAAAAGAUUUGCAUAUGAAAUAUUUAAUAUGAAUUGUUAACCGAUACAAUGAGUAUAAAAUCCUUACAUAGGAUUGAAGAGGCUUGCUCUACAAGCUAAGCUAACAGCUAAGCUUAUUCUAACUGAAUGGUAACUAACCCUAACUGAAAGAUAACAACCUCUAACAGAAUUGACAGCUGUUCAAAACAGAAUUAACAACUGUGUCCAGCUGGCAUUCCAGCUGGCACACACACACUAAACGAUAUUUUCAUAUCACUAUAUACUCUAAUACACCCCCUCAAACUGAAGGAGGUGACAAAAGCUGAAGCUUGUCAACUACAUUUAGUUUGGCCUUGAGCUGAAGAAACCUUGUUGGGGAGAGAGCUUUGGUGAAGAUGUUAGCUUUCUGAUGUUCAGAGGGCACAUGCUGAACAAUGAGACUCUUGUCCUGAACCUUCUCUCUUACAAAAAAUAUAUCCAUUUUCAUAUGCUUUGUUCUGGUGUGCAAAACUGGAUUGUGAGUCAACAACACUGUGCUCAUGUUAUCACAAUAAACUGUAGGAGUAGUAAAGGGAAUUUUCAGUUCUGUGAGUAAAGAUUGCACCCACAACAAGUCUGCAGUAGUAUUUGCUAGACUCAUAUACUCUGCCUCAGUGCUGGACCUUGCAACUAGAGUCUGCUUCUUAGCUGUCCAAGAAAUAAGAUUGGAACCAAGAAAAACACAGGAGCCUGAUGUGGAUCUGCGAUCAUCAGGGUCAGAUCCCCAACCAGCAUCACAGUAGGCAAUCAAAGGAAGAGGCCUGGUCAUGGAACAUGGUUGAAGAAGUACACCAUGAGUAAGGGUGCCCUUUAGGUAUCUUAGAAUCCUUUUGACAGCUUUCCAAUGCUCCUCAUGAGGUUGUGCCAGAAAUUGGCACACCUUGUUGACUGCAAAUGAGAUUUCUGGACGAGUAAUGGUUGCAUAUUGAAGUGCACCAACUACACUUCUAUACUCAGUGGGAUCCUUUAGGGCAGAACCUUCAUGUUUGGAGAGUUUGACUCCACAUUGCAUAGGAGUGGAAAUAGGUGCAGCAUCAAGCAUGUUGACUUUGGUGAGAAGGUCUAAAAUAUACUUAGUUUGAUUCAGCAGCAAGCUUCCACUAGUCAAAUGAGUGACUUGAACACCCAAAAAAUAGUCAAGUUGACCAAGCUGUUUUAGAGCAAAAAUAAAAUGAAGUUGAGCUGUAAGUUGUUGAAUGAGAGUCAUAGAAGCCCCAGUGAUGAUGAUAUCAUCCACAUAAACAAGCAUAUAAAUGCAGCCUUGUGAGGAAUAGUAGGUGAAUAAGGAGGGAUCACACUUGCUGUCUUGGAAACCAAACUUGAUGAGAACCUCUUUCAGCCUAUGAAACCAAGCUCGUGGAGCUUGUUUGAGGCCAUAAAGGGCCUUUUGCAACUUGCAGACCAGAUUCUUGUCCUUGUGCUCAAAACCAGGAGGUUGUACCAUGUACACCUCUUCUUCUAACACACCAUUAAGAAAAGCAUUGUCGACAUCCAGCUGUUGUAGUGGCCAACCUCUUGAAAUAGUAAGGGAAAGGAUAAGUCUCACUGUAAUAGGCUUCACUACUGGGGAAAAGGUCUCAGAAUAAUCAAACCCUUGGACCUGACUAUAGCCUUUAGCCACUAACCGUGCUUUGCACUUGUUGAUAGAGCCAUCAGUAUUCUCUUUGAUUCUGAAAAUCCACUUACACCCCACUGCUGUUCUAUUUGUUGGUAGAGGAACUAGAGUCCAAGUACCAUUGUUCAUAAGAGCUGUGUACUCUUCUUGCAUUGCCUUAUACCACUUAGCAUCCUUAAUUGCUUGCUUGACAGAAGUUGGUUCCAUGUGAGUAAGCAACAGAGUGGGUUGUAACCUUGGCUUGACAAUUCCUAAUUUGGCUCUUGUUUGCAUAGGAUGACUGUUAACAGCCACUGGAGGAGCUGCAGCAGCCACUGAAACAGGAGAAUCAGCUGGUUGAUCAUGAGCAGAAGAUAAUGCUGGGGAAGUAUCUGCAGGAACUGAUGAAGAAGGAACAUCUGCUGAAACAGGAACACUUGGAGGCUGCUGCAGUUGUGAUGAAAUCACCUGAACCUGGUGAGGAAAAUCCAGAACUAGCCAAUGCAGGAGAAAUAGGUGAUGAAGGAGCAGGUGGUGUAGGGUGUGAAACUAUAGGGAUAGUAGAUAAAGGGAACAACUCAGCUGAGGUAGAAGAAGUAGUCUCAUGAGGAAAAAGACUAGGAUAGGGAAAGCGAUGUUCAUGAAAAAGAACAUCUUUAGAGAUAUAAAUUCUACCAGAUUGAUCUAAACACUUGUAUCCUUUGUGAUUAAUUGAGUACCCUAUAAACACACACUCUUUGGAAUGCAAAGACAAUUUAGUAGAAUUAUAAGGUCUAAGAAAAGGAAAGCAAGCUGACCCAAAGACCUUUAGACUCUUAAAAUCAGGAUGUUGACCAUACAAUUUGAAGUAAGGACUUGCACCUUGUAAAGUAGUAGUAGACAUUCUAUUUAUGAGAUAAGUGGCAGCAAGAAAAGCAUGAUCCCAGAAAUGCAAAGGCAUUGAGGCAUGAGACAACAAAGUUAAACCAGUUUCAACUAUAUGCCUAUGUUUUCGCUCUACACUCCCAUUUUGAUGAUGAGUAUGUGGGCAGGUAAGUCUAUGAAUAAUUCCCAACUUCUGAAAGUGAGAAGAUAAAGGUUUAAAUUCCCUUCCCCCAUCAGUUUGGACACUCUUAAGUUUGUGACCAAACUGCAACUCAACCAUAGCUUGAAAAUUUAUAAAAGUAGCACAAGUGUAUGAUUUUCUUUUCAAGGGAAAUAUCCAAGUAUAUCUAGUACAUGCAUCAACACAUGUUAGAAAAUACAAAAACCCACAAGAGGAUUCCAGAGAGGCUGGUCCCCACAAAUCAGCAAAGACAAGUUCAAAAGGAGUAUUGUAAACUGCAGUAGAGGGAGAAGAAGGUAGUCUAUGGAGUUUACUCAGACAACAAGCCUUACAAAAGGAAAACACACUUUUAUUACUUGGAACAGAAACAUUACACAGAGAAAGAGUAUGCUUAAGUACAUCAUGAUGAGGAUGACCUAAUCUUGAAUGCCACAAAUCAUAAAGUGAAAUGCUACUACCACUAGUACAAUGUGCUGAACCAGAAAUAGUAGAUGAAACAGGAAUAGAAUGCACAUCAUUAUUACACUUAGCUAUACUAGAAACAACAGGAGAAACAGAAGCAGAAUGCAAACUAAUAGCAGAAGUUGCUUUAUUUGCUGCAGACUUAGAAGCUAAGCAAGCCUGCAAAGACUGAGAAUGCAAAGUAGAAGAAACAUUGACAGCAGGUUGUGAGCUAGCUUUGGUGAGUGGUCCAUCAAAGUAGUAUAGACCAUCAUCUCCAACAGCACCAGUGAGAAGAAGCUCAUAAGUGUCCUGAUGACGAACACAACAAUGAUUGGCAUGAAAGGUAAAGAAAACAUUAUUAUCACGAGCAAAACGACUAACACUAACAAGAUUUUUAGUUAUAGAAGGCACAAGAAGAAGCUUUUUAAGAAUUAAACUAGCUGUAGGAUUAAGAGAAGAAGGAAGAGUGGCUGAACCUAUAGACUGGAUUGGCAGUCCUUGACCAUUUCCCACCAGAAGCUGAUCCUGUGUUGUUGAUGGAAUAUGAUCCACAAAUAUGCCAGGAUUGUUAGUCACAUGAUGAGUGGCUCCAGAGUCAGGGCACCAAGUUAUCUGUGAUGAAUUCUGUGUAGGAACGGUAGCCAACAUAGCCUGAGGAAGCAUUCCAGUAGAGACUUGUUGUUGUGGUGGCCUAGGAAAUUGAGGUGAUGGAGCAGAAGGUGCUGAGAACUGACCCUGAGGAGUCCAAGGACGAGCAAAUUGCAUUCCAGCAGCUUGCAUCCCAGCAACUUGUGGAUAAGGCAUUUGUGGAAUACACCAAGAAGGCCAUUGAGGCAUGCUAGAAGGUUGAAUAGCACCUGAAACAUACGGAGGAAACACUGAAUUACACGAAGCAUAAGGAGAAAACCCAAAAUUGGCCAUAGAGGGAAAACCCCAAAAUUGCAUUGAAGGAAACCCUAAAUUGACACCAGGAGCAGGGUAAUUCUGAGCAAAAUUCCCAGAUUGACCAGAAUUGGAACUGGAAUUAGCAUGAGGACUAACUCCUGAGGGACGCGACCAACACGUAGCUGCAUCAUAGCCCCAUUUGUUGCAGUAAGUGCACUGGACAUUGCGUCCUCUGCCAUAGUUUCCAGAAUUGCGAUUCUGAUCAUCGCGAUUCCCAUAACCUGAGUCAACAACGACAUCGAUUGGUUGGGAAGGAGCGACAGCUGUCGCUGGAGGUUGCGUUGCUGGUGACGGCAGCGCCGGAGCAGGCUGAGUCCACAAAGCUGGUGGCGGCGGCGCCGGUGGUGUAGAAGAUGCAGAUGGCGCUGUCGCUUGCGUCAGAAACACCGAAGGAGUGGUUUCUGCGAGUUGCUUCUUCUGCAUCCUGUCAAAACGCGCUUCAUGAGAGAUCACCAUGGCUUCCACUUCAGAGAUUGUGUAAUAGGUGGUUUGAUUGUAGAUAACAGUCAUCAAAGCACUGUAUUCUUCUGAGAGACCAUCGAAAAUCGCUUCUAGAUGAUCACGAAAGGUGACAGGUUCUCCAAUUGAAGCAAGAGUAUUCACAAUUGUCUUGAUUCUUUGCAGAAACUCAGAAGCAGUUUUUGUACCUUUUGUGAUAUUCUUCAGUUCAUUCCUCAACUGUGUUGACUGAGCACGUGAUUUUGCAUUGAAGAAUGAAUGAAUUUCUUCCCAAAUCUGCCAAGAGUGCACACACUGAAUCACAUUUGGAAGGAUUGAAGGUGAAAGAGUAGAAAGAAGCCAUGUGAAGAGGAGUGAAUUUUGUUGCUCCCAAUCUGAGAAUGCAGGAUUCACAUUCUCUGUGAUCCUAUCUGCAUCAGUCAAGAACUUCUCAGGAAUCAGAGGUGAAUCUUGCACAAAUUUCUGAAGCUUGUGUGAUCUGGUGACCCCUUCCACUUGUUGUUUCCAUGAAUAGAAAUUGGAAUCAUCGAGCUUGAUGCUCAAUUUGUGAGAAAACGCUUGAGAAAGAGUGUUUGUAGAAGAAGAAGAAGGUAAGGAAGAAGGUGAAGCAUCCAUAGCCAUGGAUCUUAGGCUCUUGAUACCAUAAUAGGAAAACCAGAGAAAGAAAAAAAGAUUUGCAUCUGAAAUAUUCAAUAUGAAUUGUUAACCGAUACAAUGAGUAUAGAAUCCUUAUAUAGGAUUGAAGAGGCUUGCUCUACAAGCUAAGCUAACGGCUAAGCUUAUUCUAACUGAAUGGUAACUAACCCUAACUGAAAGAUAACAACCUCUAACAGAAUUGACAGCUGUUCAAAACAGAAUUAACAACUGUGUCCAGCUGGCAUUCCAGCUGGCACACACACACUAAACGAUAUUUUCAUAUCACUAUAUACUUUAAUAUAUAUAUAUAUAUAUAUUUGUGUGUGUUACAUGAAAAUAAUCAGAAAAUUGACAAGUUUCUCACAUUUUUAUCUUUUCUUAAGAUUAUUUUAAUUUUUCUUUUCUUAUUUAUGGCUGAUUACUGUUGAUAUGAAUAAUCAUCUCUUUGAUCAAUUUAAGUCGCAUUUAUAUAUAUAUAUAUAUAUAUAUAUAUAUAUAUAUUUGUGUGUUACAUGAAAAUAAUCAGAAAAUUGAUAAGUUGCUCACACUUUAUCUUUUCUUAUUUAUGGCUGAUUACUGUUGAUAUGAAUAAUCAUCUCUUUGAUCAAUUUAUAUCAAUUUAAGUCGCAUUUAGUAAUUAGAGUUAAUGGAGAGCUCAAGCUAAUCUACUUCCAUUUUCAGUUUUAAUAGUGAAAUAUGACGAUGAGGACGAUGAUUACGCUACUGUGAAUGUGAUUGUGUCAGAAGUUGCACAAGAUGGAGGCCGACAUAAAUCUUCUUUCACGGGAAGGUUCUGCAGACGGGUGUUGAAUUUUUGGACUGUAAAGUUUUUAGGCCGAAUACUCCUAUCAUUUUACAUGUGCAUUCAAAAUUCAAUACUUUUAAAGCUCCCUGGAAUGAGGAAAAUAUAUGAUCAGAAGAAGAAACACCUCAUAGUUGGUAAAAUACUGAGGUACUUAAGAAUUCCGGUAUUGGACAAUGCAGGGCGGCAACUAGCAUCGGCUGACGAUGCGAUGUUGCAGGCAGCGAAGCUUGGAAUUAUUGAGUUCAUAGAUAUAAUGAGCAAGGUUAACCCUAACCUCUUAUGGGCCAAUGAUGAUAAACAAAGAGACAUAUUUUCGCUUGCAAUCAUGAAUCGUAGAAAAAAUGUCUUCCAACUCAUACACGAUGCAAGAGUAACUGGACGAAGGCAAAUAAUUAGAAGUCGUACAGAUGUGUUUGGCAAUACAUUGUUGCACUUGGCAGCAUAUUUAGCGCCUUCCUCUGCCCUUGAUCUCAUAUCUAGUCCUGCUCUCCAGAUGCAAAGAGAAAUUCUAUGGUUCAAGGAGGUGGAGAGUAUUGUGCAUCCCAGUUGUAAGGAAGCAACAAAUGGGGACAAUAAGAAGCCUCAUGAGCUAUUUAUGGAAAGCCACAAGGAGCUGAUGAAAGCUGGAGAGAAGUGGACAAAAGAAACAUCUGGUCAUCAUUUUAUAAUUAUGGGCACUCUCAUCAUUACUGUCAUGUUUGCUGCAGCCUUCACUGUACCAGGAGGCAACAAUCAAGAUACUGGAGUACCUCUAUUGUUGCGUGAUAAGAUAUUUACUGUUUUUAUUAUAUCAGAUGCCAUAUCUCUUUUCACUGCUUCUACUUCGGUCUUGCUUUUCAUUGGGAUUCUCAUUUCUGGUUUUGCUGAAAAUGAUUUCCUCCAUAGCUUGCCAUGGAAAUUGUUGUUUUCCCUCCUCACCCUUUACUUGUCUGUUGUGUUCAUGAUUGUUGCCUUCUGUGCUUCGAUUGCUUUGAUAGUAAAGGGGCAUGUAGGAAUCAAAAUAGCAGUCAUGAUACUCGGCUGUGUUCCAGUCAUCGUCCUUGUACCAUCACACCAGCGCCUCUUCCUUGAGAUUUUCAAUUCUACUUUAAGAUCCAAAUAAUGCAUCCUUCCUUAUUGAAUUUUACUCAAUUACAUGCAGUUUCAUCAAGUGACUCACUUUGUAGGCUCUCUUGUAUUGUAUGUACUUGAAAACAUUACUUUCCGUACUUAAAUAAUUCCUGUAAUUGUUGAAAUAAUUGAAUAUUUGUAAUAAGAGUUACUUGAGAAACAACUUUGAUGUAUU